AUGAAUGCUCGCAGAGAGGGCGCUAACAUCUUCUCGACCGGCCCCAUCCAUUACGCAAGCCCGAACAGCCACCAUGAGACAGCUUUCACUUCAUUACAGAACAACGAAACCUUAGCCUAUGUUCUCCUCGCCAUUUUCUCAGCCUAUCUCCUCCUCGAUCAUUUCGGCUUUGCUCCGGUCUCGUUACUCCGUGUUGCCUGGAACGUCCUUGUCUUCGCAACACCGUCCUGGAUCAUCGUCGCAUUAGAUACUCGCAUGUCGCCAUCCGAAUCUUCCCCCUCCAGUCCCUCUCAGAUGACCUUUCAGACAAAACAUGAGGCAAUGCAACGAAUUUUAGGUCUUGACAACAACUCUUUUCCGUUCUUCCCUCGCUCGCGAUCCUUAUCGGGUCUCGGGAACGCCCUCCUGGGCAACAGCAGCGACGCGAUACCCCCAGGACUGGGAAACUGGGACAACUCCUGCUACCAGAAUAGCAUCAUUCAAGGACUUGCCUCUUUGAAAUCCCUUGCAACUUUCCUGGAGCGAAAUGUCGAUUCUCUAGGUGAGAAGGGGUCGUUUUCUACACACCAGGCGUUGAAAGGAAUCAUCGAUCAUCUAAACAGCGCAUCCAAUUAUGGGCACAAGCUGUGGAUUCCUGCCGAUUUGAAAUCUAUGAGCAGUUGGCAGCAACAAGAUGCGCAAGAAUACUUUUCUAAAUUGGUCGACCAAAUUGAUAUCGAAGUCCAACAAGCGUCGCGGGGGCAAACAAGGAACAUGGGGUUGAAGAUGGUUGGUCGGGAGGAGAACAUACUGAAGGACAUCUGCGAGAACAGCUUGGACACCGACGGAAGUGUGAGCGAGAAAUCAUCGUUCCGCAAUCCACUUGAAGGGUUGCUAGCCCAACGAGUGGGCUGCAUGCAAUGUGGCUGGACCGAAGGGCUGUCGCUCAUUCCUUUCAACUGUCUUACCGUACCGCUCGGUGGAAGCUUUGAGUAUGACGUACGCGAGUGUUUGGAUCAAUACAUGACGUUGGAGCCCAUUGAGGGAGUGGAGUGUGCCAAAUGCACAUUGUUACGUGCACAGUUUCAACUCAAAAACCUCCUGGGUGGUAUGACGGACGACGCAGGUUCACCCGACAGUUUACAGACGCCAGGAUUAUCCGAUGCUUUGAGGACCUCUGCACAGGAGCGGCUUGAUUCCGUGCAAGCUGCUCUCGAUGAAGACGAUUUCGCCGAGAAGACCCUUACCAACAAGUGUCAUAUCCCAUCCAAAAAUCGGGUUACUACCACCAAAUCCCGGCAGGCAGUCAUUGCGCGCGCACCACAGUGCCUGGCUGUUCACAUCAACCGGAGUCUAUUCGAUGAAAUGACUGGAAUGCUGAAAAAAAACUAUGCUGCGGUCAAGUUCCCAAGCCGAAUGGACUUGAAUGAUUGGUGCCUCGGCACUCGAGUUGAGAAAUCCGAGGACGGACUUGAGCAAUGGGUGACAAAUCCCUCUCAAUCCAUGCUCCCCUCGCCAGGUCAGGCAGUUUGCCUACCCAGCAGACACUAUGAACUUCGGGCCAUCAUCACCCACUAUGGCCGCCAUGAGAACGGACAUUACAUCUGCUACCGAAAAUAUCCGACUGCUACAUUCCCAGCUCCUGUUCCAGAUGAAGUACUUCAAGCCGAAGGAGACAAAGAAAAGCCCGAACGCUGGUACCGACUGAGUGAUGACGAUGUGCAGAUGGUCAGUGAAGGCCAUGUGAUGUCUCAGGGCGGGGUUUUCAUGCUUUUUUACGAGGCCGUUGAGGGACCACUUUCCACACAGCCUGAUGAGGCUGCAACCCCAGAAACCAUCCCAUACGAGACGACUGAAUCAGUGUCCAACUGCACCAUUUCCGAAAACAUGUCCGUUACGACCACCAUCACCGACGACGAUUCCGAUACAUCACGCGCAACCAGCGUAUCAGCUCCUGAGCACCCCUCUCUACAUACGGACGACAAGCUGGCUGUUCCACCACUCAGGGCCUCAAGUACACUUGAUCUCCGAUCUGAAGGCUCGACGGACAAUCUUGGAUCACCUAUGAUCACUGCGUCAUGA